UAAAACGCCUAAAACCAUUGCAUUGUUUCAGCCAUUUAUGAGCCAUGAACGCGCCAAAAACAACAACGGCCAGAACAAUGUCCAGCCUUGAAAGGAAAAGUUGGACCUUCUAAAGCUUGCGUACCUUUUUAUGACCCUUGCGGAUGAUGUAAUGGACAAGGAACAAAGUGUUGCAUUGUUUAAAGUCCCGAAGUGCAAUUGUCACCAGACCUGGCCGACCGAUCUAGCCACAACUGCCCAAAAACCUCCUAUUUAAGGGACGCUUAUGGUGUUACGGUGGACAUUACAUCUUUCGUACGCAAAUCAGAUAACAUCCCGUCCAUUCAAGAUGAGAUCCGCGGUGAGUGUUUUGCUUGUUGUGCUAGGCGCUGCAGCUUUGUGCCAGGGCACGACAACCGAUCGCGAGGAUAUUGCCGACUCUAAGGACUCUUCGCUGGCGCGAUUCCUGCAACCCCUGGAGGUUAGGCUGCGUGACGAUCAAAGUGUUCCGGAGCGUCGUUCCCGGGAAUUGAGCUACUUCGGCUCAGGUUACAGCUAUCACCCGUACGGUGGACAUCAUAACCCACUGUACAGUCCGUACAGUCAGCAGGGCCUGUACAAUCCGUACAGCUUCGGUGGUCUGAACGGAUACGGUGGUGCAGGUGUGGCUGGAUUUGGCACGGCGGGUGGCUACGGAGGUCUUGCUGCUGGUGUAGGCAAUGGUGCAUACUUUGGGUCGGGUGCCGGAGUUGCCGGUUAUCCUGCCGCUGGAGUACAGCAGUUCGGUUAUAAUGGGCUGGUAGGUGGUCAGGGUGUUGGCAGCUACCCGUACACUGGAGGAUGGAAUGCGGGCGUGGGCCAGACUCCAUACGCCGGUUACGGUGGCCAACUGGGAGGAUACUACAAUCGAGGGCUGUACGUUUGAAGAAGAAUGCUGCCGAUUUCGAGAUGGAUGGAUGAGAUGACUGAUAAUAAACAUGAACGUUAGCAUAUUGCUUGUUGAUCUGCAAAAUGAGAGGUAUUUCUUAGUCUGUCUGGUAUUCGAAAGUAGUCCCCAGUCGGGUAUUUAAUUUGCAUACCGAUUAGAAAGUUUGGUAUGAGGAAAUAGAGUGAUGAUUUUUUGAGGUACUGUGAACGAUCGUGGUUGAACUCCAAUGUUUACCGAUCGCAAGGAAACAAAGGUUCUAGAAGGG